AUGGACAAACAACACACCGGUGAACCCGCUGCAGGUGAGAUGAACGUAGCUGCAAGGAGUCCAAUUCAUUUUGGGCCGUUCAUCGUUACCCCACAGGUCUUCUUUAUCACUCCUCUCUCUUUCGCCCUUGUUAACAUCAAACCUCUUCUGCCUGGCCAUGUCCUCGUCUGUCCGAUUCGACGCACCCCGCGACUAUCAGACCUAACACCCGCCGAAACAACAAACCUCUUCCUCACUGUUCGCCGUGUAAGCCGCAUGGUCGAGCGAGUUUACCAGGCUUCUAGCUUAAAUGUUGCGAUCCAAGACGGGGUUGAUGCCGGACAGAGCGUGCCCCACGUACACGCUCAUAUAAUACCUCGUAAGAAGGCAGAUUUGGAUCACAAGGGCGGCUCGGAUGCGAUAUAUGGCAUGAUGGACGGCGAGGAUGGGGAUAUCGGGAGAUUUCUAGCUGAAAGGAAAAUUGCUAUGGAAUCUAAGCGGUCCAGAUCUGGAUUCCCGGCUGUUGAUAAUGAAUCUAGGGAGCCAAGGUCGGACGAGGAGAUGCGGAAAGAAGCUGAAAUGCUGGCUGAGGAGAUGGAAAAAGAGAUGGAGAUGGAGAGGGAGAAUAUGAAAAGAGAAUAUGAUGAGUGA